UUCAGAUGGCUUUAUCUAAAAUGGAUAUUCCCCGCACAGCCCAACACUUUUUAGAGUGUAGCAUUGAAGAAUGUGAAAGAAACUGUGAGUUCUAUUGCAACCCUUGUCAUCAAAGAUUGUGCAAACAAUGCAGAGAUGAACAUCUGAAAAGUCCAGAAAACAAAAAGCAUGAAGUGGUGCUUUACCAGCUACGUAAACUACAACUUCCUGUGGAGAAAUGCAAGAUCCACCCCACUAAAGAUGUGGACAUGUUCUGUGAAGAAUGCCAAGUUCCAUUAUGUUCCAAAUGUGUCACACAGCAAAACCAUCUGGGGCAUAUAUUUACUGAUCUAGAGACAAUUUUUGCAGAAAAAUAUGCAGCCUUUGAGCAGGAAAUCUUUAAAAUCCAGGAGUAUUUUCUACCCACAUCACAAGAUUUACAGAAAGAAAUUAAAAAAGAUUCCUCAGAAAUCCAACAUAUCAUGGACAACAUCAGAACAUCCAUGAAGACUAAAGGUGAGUCCCUGAAAAGUCUGGUGGACACAGUCGUAUCUGAGAACAUGAAGCAGUUAGACCAGAUAGAGCAUUCACUGUUAGAAGAUCUAAACAUCCAAGACAAGACCAUGGAUGAUUACAUCACUUAUCUUAAUAACCUUGUCAAAGAGCUCCGCAUAUGUCUGUUCUCUACAGAACCUCAUAAGUUAAUGUCUGAGAAGAAGCCAAAGAUCCGAUCCAUACCAGAGACAACAAAACCAGUCAUACCAGGAUUUACUGCUGGUCAAAACAGCAAAAGUGAUGUCACCAAAUUACUUGGUAAAAUAUUUGUUCCCAACACUAAACCAGAGAAGAGAAACCUAAGGCCCAUUGAAAGUGUCUACAAUAAAGCAAUGAAACCUACACACAAACAGAUGAAAGAUUUAGAAGACAGAAAGAAAUCUGACAAGAAACAAACAAUGUCUCUAUCUGCCUCUGUCACCGUCAGGGAGUUCAGUGUACCAGGUGUUGAUCAUGCAUACCAUGUAUCACAAGAUCAAUCAGACAGACUCUGGAUCAGUGACGAUGAUGGUAAUCUUGUCCAAACAGAUCUACAGGGGAAUGUGAUACAUAACAUAAAAACGAAUGGUGAAUCUGAAGGUUACCACACAGUCACACAGGAAACUGAUCUGACCUUUACAGACAAAGACAAGAAAGUCAUCAAUAGGAUAACACAGGAUAAUAAUAUCACUGAAUUCAUUAAAACUGGAGACUGGGCACCACUCAGUAUACACUCCUCCCACAUCAACGGCGAUUUACUGGUGGGUAUGCUGAAAUUUACAGAGGCUAAAGGACUUUUUAAAAUGAGGAGGAAUAAAAAGGAAAGUAAAGUCACCAGGUACAACAAGACAGGAAAAGAACUACAGAACAUACGGAGGGAUAACAAAGGACAGGAACUGUAUAGACUACCACACUACAUCACAGAGAACAUCAAUGGAGAUAUCUGUACAUCAGACUAUAGAAAGGGAGUAGUGGUGGUGAAUAAAUCAGGACAACACAGGUUCUCCUACGCAGGUCAGGAGUCAGUGUUCCGUCCCUACGGAAUCUGUACUGAUGUCCUCGGUCACAUCCUUGUGUGUGAUCAGUACGAUAACACUGUUCACCUCCUUGAUCAGGACGGUCAGUUUUUGUCUCUAUUACUCACACAAGAACAAGGGGUAAAGUAUCCCCGUAGUGUGUGUGUGGAUGAUGAGAACAAUUUCUAUGUAGGACAAUGGCUUAUCAACACACUGACAGUGUACAAGUAUCUUCAGUGA